CAGGCAACUGGGCAUCCACCCUUGCUCACACACUCUCCUGGCACCAUUCGAUGCCACCAGGCUGCUCGUAUAGGAUAUAGGAAGAAUGUUCAGAUGUUCCCACGAGAGCAACAUGAGGGUGUGCAGAUGGGGAUCAGUGGAACUACACCUGCAGGAGAAACUAGCUGAGGACUCUUUCCUGUAAAGCUGAGCUCCUACAGAUAAUACAGUGUUCUGACCCUGACUGGUUAUAGCAUAUACUUUUUUUUUUUUUUUUCUGGAGGUUGUGUUUUAAUGACUAAGCGUCCUUGAAAAAUAAGAAGCCAUGUCGACUGAUCAAGCUUUUCACCAAAGCGGUGUCUACAACUAUUUCCUGAACAUGGUGGCUUAUCAGAUAUGCUGCUGCUGUGGCCCAGCACCAUGUUCCCUGUGCUGCUCCUUCUGUCCGCCCGUCAAAUCAUCAACCAGCACGCGGAUCAUGUACACGCUAUUCCACAUCCUGGCCUGCACUGUCUCAUGCCUCAUGCUGUCUAAGACCGUGUCAGAGGCAGUGAGGGAGAAUGUGCCUUUUUUUAAUGUGGUGUGUGAUGAGGCUCAUGGUGGAGGAGACUGUCAGAUGCUGGUGGGCUACUCUGCUGUCUACAGGGUGUGUUUCGGCACAGCUUGUUUCUACUUGAUGAUGGCCAUCUUCCACAUUGAUGUGAAGUCUAGUCAGGAUUUCCGAGCCCUCAUUCAUAAUAGGUUUUGGUUUCUGAAGUUCAUCACCAUGCUUGGAAUGAUUGCUGUUGCCUUCUUUAUUCCCACAGAAUCCUUUUUGCAUGCCUGGCAUUAUGUUGGAGUAGUGGGAGGCUUUGCUUUUAUCCUCAUUCAACUCAUUCUCAUCACUGCUUUCGCUCAUACCUGGAAUAAAAACUGGUUAACCGGUGCAGCUGAGAAUAAGAGGUGGUACGUGGCAGUCAUGUGUGCUACCCUCUUUUUCUACACCAUCGCCACCAUGGCCUUCACAUUCAUGUACAAAUACUACACUCACCCAGCUGGAUGCCACCUGAACAAAGCCCUGCUAAGGACUAACCUGGCCCUCUGCACCAUCAUGUCUUUUAUUGCGGUCACUCCCUGUGUGCAGCAAAAGCAGCCCCGCUCAGGACUCCUGCAGGCUUCCAUCAUUUGCUGCUAUGUCAUGUACCUGACCUUCUCUGCUCUAUCCAGCUGCCCACCAGAGAAGGUGGAGUAUCAGGGGGUCAACAUGACGGUGUGCUACCCUAAAGUCAGCAGGGAUGAGAUUCAAAAUGAAGGCAAUGCUGUGGCCAUUAUUGGGGCUGCAAUCAUGUACUGCUGUGUUCUCUUUGCAUGCAAUGAGGCUUCAUACUUAGCUGAGGUCUUUGGACCUUUCUGGAUGAUAAAGGUUUACCGCUACGAGUUUCAGAAAGCCUCCUGUUGCUUCUGCUACCCAGAGGCUGAAGAUGAGGAAGAGUUUGUCAUUGAUGAGAACAAAGGCUGUCAGAAAGUCAUCCACAAUGAAAACCAGUGCGUUGCCUACAGCUACUUUUUCUUCCAUUUUGUUUUCUUUCUGGCUUCCCUCUACGUAAUGAUGACCCUCACUAAUUGGUUCAGUUAUGAGACUGCUGUGCUGGAGACCACCUUCACCCAUGGGAGUUACUCCACAUUCUGGGUCAAGCUGUCCUCCUGCUGGGCAUGUGUGGUUCUGUAUCUGUGGCUCCUCCUGGGUCCCCUGUGCCACUGCCAGUCUGAUCACAAACAACCUCGCCGCGCUCGCAUCAAGAGACGGGCUGCCUCCCACCGCCACGUUAGCGUUAGCGUGUGAAUUACAGACUGUUCAACGGUGUCAAAGACAUUGGGGCUGGGUGCAGGUUACUGGAGAUUUCCACUGCAAAGGAAAUGGGUCACGGUGGAUCCACUGAAGAGAAGACGUUAGUUAAAUGAACAUUGAUCCUCCAGAUAAUCCUGUUAGGAUUAAAAUCACCAGCACUGUGAAUGCAAUUCAACAUGGGAACAGAAAACGUUAACCAUGUUUAAGACUGUACAAGCAUACCUUUAGGGGAUGUGUAACAAUUGCCAAAAGGAACAUUAACAUUUUCUGGACAAGCUGGAUGUCUGUACAUUUAGUGUUUUUUUUUUCUAAAAUGUAGAAUAAUUUUUCAUUGGCUUACAGCAUAGAUAUAUGGAAACUACCUGAAAUAGGCUUUUUCCAAUUUAAUUUAAGCUUUUGUUAUAUUUAUGUAUAUUAAGUUGGAUAAAUUAUGUGAGCACUGCUUUAUUUCAUUGAUCUGUGGCUUGUACGUAUGUAUGUAUAUGUGUAUAUAUGUGUGU